AUGGUGGUUGCAGCAGUAAAAUGGGCGCAAUCAAACAGAUCCAUCCGGAAACAUUUAUUUCCAAUUAAAAAUGGAGCUUUUUAUUGUGUUUGUCAGAAAUCCAUGUAUUCUUCUCUUCCAGAUGAAUAUAAUUGCAAAGUAAAGCUUGCUUUGACAUAUAAUGGCAAGACAAUAGUAUGCUACCAUCCUGUGGACAUUCCAUAUGAACACACAAAACCUAUCCAUUGGCCAGAUCCUGUGUAUAAUCAUGAAGAAACCCAAGACAAAGUGCUAAAAACCAGACUGGAAGAAAAAGAUGAACACCUUGAGCAAGGACCCAUGAUAGAACAACUUAGCAAAAUGUUCUUUAUCACUAAGCAUCACUGGAAUCCUGAUGGACAGUAUCAUAGAUGUCGUAAGAAAAUGAAUUCUCCAAAAGGAAGAUGA